AUGAAAGGGGGGAUGGCAGAAUCCCAAGUCGGAUGUACAAUAUGGGGCGACGUGAGUAAGGAGACGUUCGAGGGGUUUACCCAAUUCGCGUAUACUGGCGAUUACUCGAUACUGAAGAUGGAAAAACGGAAUAGGAUUGCAGUGCAGAAAGAGGCCGUGAUGGAUGACUCCUCAUCGAGCAGUUUGCCUAGAUUGCGCAAAAGAUGGGACGAGGCUGAGGCGGACAAAGUCGACGAUGCGGAGCCUGCUGACGAUUGGGACAUUGAUCUGAAGGGAUCCGGUGAGGCGGUCCAUGAUAUUUUAACCAGCAAAAAGGACAAAAAGAAAAAGACGAAGUCAGUAAAACUCAUCCCUUCCUGGAUGGUCGAAUCACCGGCACCAACGACUGAUGCGGAUCUUGAGCAGGGAACUGUUCCGAUCACAAAACGAGACAAAUACCCAGAACGUCACUCGCGCUCACACCCAACUCACUGGACAACCGUGCCCCCGUACAUUUUCUUCCUCAUAUCGAUGCCCCGCGGCAACACCGAGAUGUCACAAGAGCAAGAUACUCAAGGCUCCAAUAUUGAACAUCGAGUCGAAAACCACGUCUCAGAGCAGGAAUUAUCUUUGCUGUUAACAGCGGGGCCCCUUUACAGGCGGCUUUCGGGCUCUGAAAUCCGACUCAUUAAACUUCUACCCGGCGACUGGGAUGACCCUAUUAUCUGCGAGCUUGUCUAUGUUCGGCUUGACGACAGACCGAAGUUUAUGGCCUUGUCAUAUGCUUGGGGUGACCCGAAGAAAACUCGCCCGAUUACGUUGAAUGGCCAAGCCCAGAACAUCACUACCAGUCUCUUUCAAGGCUUGAGACGUCUCCGAAGGAUGGCAUCCACGGUCGAUGAGAACCCGGAAACAUUCAUUACUCAGACUUCGGAAAACUUCCACCUCUGGGUCGAUGCCAUUUGCAUCAACCAAAACGAUGAGAAUGAGAAAGGACACCAGAUUUCUCGAAUGACGGACAUUUAUACCUAUGCGGAUAGAGUCUGUGUCUGGCUUGGGGAGAACGAGCAGGAGGAUCAUCUUAUCAUCUAUAGGAUUAUGGGCAUGGCGCACUGUGUCAGCCUCGCUCCUAGGUUCUGGAAACCUUAUCUCACCGAGUUCUUUGACGGUGUAAGCAGCGACAUUGACCGCUUUGCCCAAGGAAUUAUUCAGUUGACAUCGAGGAAAUGGUGGUCGAGAGUUUGGGUGAUCCAAGAGGUUUGUCUUGCUUCAAAAACACCUAUCAUCUUGGCUGGAGGGGCGUGGUCAUACAUGAAAUCUCUACUCAAACUCGUCGAUAUCAUAAGAACUCGCCCUGAGAGAAGGAUAUUUGCCACUCACAGUUGGGACUUUUUAGCGAAUCCGAAUUGGUUGCAACGGAUCAAAGAGGAUUGUGAAAAAGACAACACCAAUCAAGAGGCUUCCGAUGUUGAGUUGCCCAGUCUUGGUGCUCGUUUGGAGAAGACAAUUGGAUUAUCAGGUGGAUUUUUCAAGGCGACGCUUCCACACGAUCGUAUCUAUGGACUUCUGGGUCUGGUUGGCUUAGAAACCUUACCAUAUCCCUUAACACCGGACUACGGCAGACCCUUUCCCCAGGUCUAUCAAGAAUAUGCCAGGUUCAUCAUCGAGAAUACAGGCAGUUUGUCCAUAAUUCUUCGCGAAGAAAAUGGGAUGCACGAGGUGCCAAGCUGGGUACCAGAUUUUCGAUCGCCAGGUGCAAUUUGGAGAGAGUCUAGACCGCUAUCACAUUCUAUUUCUUUCUCUGGAAAUGGGAACCGGAUGACUGUUUUAGGCGUAGAACUUGGGAUCUGCGCCCAUAUCUUUAACCCUUCUUCCCGAGAGGCUUUCCACACAGAUCCUGUUAUUUUAGCCGGAAUCCAGCAACUAGAUGACCUCAUAUUCAAAUCAUCUGAACUCAGGAACAUUUCAAGGGACACUGCCCUUAAAGACUGGUUAGAGUCAGAAAGAACACGUCAAGAGCAUGACCUUUCUAUUAGAGGUUUAAAGGAGGUCUAUCAUUCGAUUCUCAACGAGAUAAAAAUCCAAGGCCAGAACCAACAAACAAUUCAUGCCUGGACGUCUAUUGCGAGGUCAGUCGGGAUGUUCUCGACAUUUGUGACCGAAGAUGGGAUUCUGGCAAGCUUAUGUCGGUUUGAUGGAAACGCGCAGCCUGGAGAUGUGAUGGUUGCGGCGAAAGGAGCAUUGGCACCUCUUUUGCUUCGACCAAAGACUGAGAACGGCGAAUAUGAAUAUCUUGGAUAUUGCCACUAUCGGGGUUUUGAAUACGACGAUGCGUUAUCCUCAACUCAAGUUCUGAAGCAAUUUGUAAUAGUCUAA